AUGUAAAAGGUAUAAAUUAUUCUUAUUAAUUCAGAACGAUUAUGGUUUUGUUGGGGAUGAAAAAGUGAAGAAAAUUGAUAAUGAACAUUAUGAUGAGGCGAUUGAAUUGGAAGAUGGAGAUGAUGGAGAAAUUGGUAGAGGUGAAGAAAAUGAAGAUUAAUGUAACGUUUUUAUCUACUAUUCUAUUAGAUUAAGCUGGUGCUAGAGGAGCCCAAUAAGCUGCACAAAGUGUCGGAUUUUAAAAAGGAAAGGUUCCUUUACCUGCUAGUGCUUACAAUUCAAAUGAUUAUUUAAAUUUAUAAGUAGGUGCAGAAGUCAAAUAAUUGUUUGAGGUAUUUCUAUUUUUAAUUUAAGAUACAAAGCUCCUUAAAUGGUUUUGGAUGCAAAAUUAAAACCAUUUAUUCCAGAUUAGGUAACCGCUAUAGGUGAAGUUGAUGCGCACAUAAAAAUGCCGAGACCUGAUGGCUAACCUGAAACAAUUGGUUUAAUUACAUUAGUAAUCUAUCUAUAUAAUUUUAAGGAUGAACCUGCUCUUAAUCAAUCUAAAAAGGCUAAAUUAGAUUUAUUGAUGAGAGAAUAUGUAAAGGUAGCAAAUAAGGGCAAAAAUACUACUAUCCAUGCUAUUGAAAAUGCUGAUAAAAAUCCAAAGGAAAUUACAGCCUGGAUUAACGAUGUGGCAGAAAUACAUAAAAAAAAGUAACCUCCAUCUGUUUCAUAUUCUAAAAUUAUGCCUGAUAUUGAAGAAUUAAUGUAAGUCUGGCCUUAAGAAAUUGAAGACUUAUUAUAAAGCACUUAAUUACCAGGUGAUAAUAUUGAUGUGGGUUUAUAAGAAUAUUGUUAAUUCUCAUGCAAUUUGUUAGAUAUUCCUGUUCAUUCAAUUAAUAAUAAUAGAAAUAUCAUCGAGUCUUUGCAUGUUUUAUUUACAAUGUUUUUGGAAUUCAAAACAAAUUAACAUUUUAGAUAAAACAAUGAUGAAAUUUAAUGA